CAAUGAGUUCUUGUGAAGAUUAAAUGAGUUGAUGCAUGUAAGGACCUUAGAACAGUGCCUGGACAUAGUAAAUGCUAUGUUAAUGUUAUUAUUAUUAUUAUUUAUGUCACAUAAGACCAAACAACAAAAAUUGAUGUUAUAAAAAAUGGAUAAAUACACUGUAUGUCAGCUUUAUCUAAAAUAAUAAAGUCUCUAAACAGGAAUUUUUCUCAUCAAAAUAAGAAUUUUACUUGUACCUAAACAGAGUUGACUGUAUAAAAUAUAUGAGCAUUAGUAAAUUAGCAAAAUUUGUCACAGCAAUCCCAUCUAUGUGUUUAUUCUAUAGAAGCUGUUUUACGAACACUAUCUUUAAAAGUUGUAAAGAAUGAAUGCACAUUUCCUAGUAGCAAAAACACUAUUGAGCUGAAGUACAGUUGAUCCAUAAGAUCUGGUCUAUAAGAAGGAAUGCCCUAUUCAAUUUUUUGAAGCUAAUUCAACUAGAAGCAGAAAUAUUUGAGUUGGAAGGCUUGUAUAUGGAAAAAUCUGAACAUGGAAAGGCUCGAACUUGGGAAGACUAAUUUUGAAAACGUCUGGACCUGGGGAAAGGUCGGAAGGCCUGAACUAUGGAACAUGUUAAAAUACCUGGAUAUCGUAGACACUGGAAGACCUGAAUGUUAGAAGACCGGUACACUGGAGACGUUGGAAGACGUGGAUAUUGAGCCUGCUUUUGGAAGACUGAGUAGCUGUUUGGAAGACAUGGAGAUGCUGGAAGACGUGGAGAUGUUGGAAGACGUGGAGAUGCUGGAAGACACAGAGAUGCUGGAAGACGAGCAGAUGCUGGAAGCCCUGGAGAUGCUGGAAGACCUGGAGAUGUAGGAAGACAUGGAUUUUCUGGAAGACAUGGUUUUUUUGGAAGACGUGGAUUUUCUGGAAGACACCCCUUUGUUGGAAGACAUGGAUUUUCUGGAAGACGCACCUUUUUUGGAAGACGUGAAUUUUCUGGAAGACGCACCUUUGUUGGAAGACAUGGAUUUUCUGGAAGACACGGCUUUGUUGGAAGACGUGGAUUUUCUGGAAGAUGCCGCUUUGUUGGAAGACGUGGAUUUUCUGGAAGACGCACCUUUGUUGGAAGACAUGGAUUUUCUGGAAGACGUGGAUUUUCUGGAAGACAUGGUUUUGUUGGAAGACAAGGAUUUGCUGGAAGACAUGGAUCUCCUGGAAGACGUGGAUUUUCUGGAAGAGGAUUUGAUGGAAGACAUGGAUUUUCUGGAAGACUUGGAUAGGCUGGAAGACCUGAGGUCAUUGGAAGACAUGGAUUUCCUGGAAGACAUGGCUUUUCUGGAAGACAUGGAUUUUCAGGAAGACCCGAAUUGUCCGGAAGACCUGGAUUAUUUGGAAGACAUAGAUUUGCUGGAAGACUGGACGUUACUGGAAGACAUGAAUUUUCUGGAAGACGUUAAUCUCUAGGAAGACAUAAGUUUGCUGGAAGACCUGAAUUUAGUGGAAGACAUGAAUUUUCUGGAAGACGUGGCUUUAUUGGAAGACCUGGAUUUAGUGGAAGACAUAGAGUUUGUCUGGAAGACAUGGAUUGAUUGGAAGACUGGAUUUGGUGGAAGACAUGGAUUUUUCUGGAAGAUCUGGAUUUGA